AUGGCUUUCGCUGGCCUCUCUGUCAUCGUCGACGGCGAGCUGAACCCCUACACCGAGUCGCCCGUCGACGCCGGCGGCAAGAGCGACUACCGCUUGCUCGUCGUACAGGGCUUCACUCGUAACCCCAUCAAAGACAAUCCCAUAUGGCCUUGCAGGUGCAUCCAUUCUCGUCCUUUCAUAGUUGGAGGCCAACGCUGGUGUCUCAUUUACUACCCUAAAGGUCUCUCUGCUAAGGACUCUAUUUCGAUUUUCCUUACCUCUCUUAAUGAUGAUGAUGAUGAUGGUACGGCUAAUGACGAUGAGGAGCGGGUCGUGAGAGCUCGCUUUCGCUUCAGUUUCAUUGACCAGCCCGAGUUGCGGCCGCCCUUCACCCGUCGAUGCAGAAUAUGUGACUUCUAUCCAGACUCUUGUGACUACGAUUAUAAUGGCAAGUACAGAUUCUUCAGAAGGGAUGUUUUGGAAAGAUCAAGACACUUCAAGGAUGAUAGCUUUGUCAUCCUAUGUGACGUCCUUGUCGUUGACGACGACGCCGACACCGCUGAGGAGGAGGAUGACAUGGCAACUGACACGCAGGAGGUGCAGCUACCCGACAUGCUGCAGAGCCAUCUCAGCAACCUCCUGACCAAGGAGGGCACGGACGUUACCUUUGAGGUCGGCGACAAGAAAUUCGCUGCGCACCGUUCCGUGCUUGCAGCUCGAUCUGCCGUCUUUAAGGAGAAGCUCUCAUCUGGCACCAGGGAUGCUGUGUUGAAGAUAGAUGACAUGGAGCCAGAUGUGUUCGGUGCCCUUCUUACCUUCAUUUACACCGACGUGUUCUGCGGCAUGGACAACGAGCCAAAGCCCGUGACGUGGCUGCUGCAGUUGCUUAAAGCUGCAGAUACAUAUGAUCUCCAGAAGCUCAGGUUGAUCUGUGAAGAGAUGUUGGCUGGUCGUUUUAUGGACGAGGACACGAUGGCAGACAUCAUUGAAGUAGCUGAGCGUAGGCGGUGCCGCUGGUUGAAGGAAAUGUGCUUGGAGUUUAUCAAAUCUCACACCCGUUUGCUCAAGAUUUUCACGGAUGAUGGCUUGGAGGAGAUGAUCAGAACCUGCAGCCCCUCUGUUCUCAAGGAGCUCAUCGCCAAGUUUGCACUUCCUAAUGAGUUCUCAAUGAGCUUAUCGUCUAGUACCUCUAGCUCAUGA